UCGUCACCUUGGGCUCCAUCAGCGCCAUCUUUUCACGGUCAGCCGUGAUUCGUGUUGAAAAUUUAUUCGAGUAAACAUGGCUUCUGCUACACGAAGAAUUGUUUGUAGUUUUAAGCAGCAGAAAUUAUUCUAUUUGAAAUCUCGAUUGCAAUACCAUGCUGUUGCACUGCCUCUCGAUCACGCUAGACCUUGCGGUUAUGUUGAACAAAUUCAUCCAUUAGCUACUAGAUUUUUCCAUGCUUCCAAAGCAUUUUACGGCGAAAAGGUACCUUUCAAACUUUCCGACAUAGGAGAAGGAAUCACCGAAGUUACGGUUAAAGAAUGGUAUGUAAAAGAAGGUGAUAAAGUUGCCCAGUUUGAUCCUAUCUGUGAGGUCCAGAGUGACAAAGCCUCUGUAACCAUUACCAGCCGCUAUGAUGGCUUAAUCAGUAAAUUACAUUAUGCAGUAGAUGAAAUGGCCAAGGUUGGCACACCAUUGGUGGAUAUUGAAGUUAGUGGUUCCGUUUCAGAAGCACCGGUUGAAGAAUUGCAAGAGAAAGAUGCCAUACCACUGGGAGAAAGAGAAGAGAGCCUGGAACUCCCAGCAGAGAACCAAUCAAAAGUUUUGACAACACCAGCUGUCAGGAAGAUGGCUAGUGAUAACAAGAUCAAUCUAAGAGAUGUACAAGGAACUGGUAGAGAUGGUCGUAUUUUAAAGGAAGAUAUGCUUCGCCACAUAGAAUCUCUGAGUAGCUCUAAGAGUGCUCCAAAAACUUCACAAGUACCACAGCAACAAGCUAAAGCUGUAGAACGAGGAACAAUCUCCCAACAGCAGUCACCUUCACCAAAAACACCGCAGAUAAUGAGGCCAAGCGCCCCUGUUGGGGUGGACCGAACUGAACCAAUUAAAGGAUUUAAAAAGGCAAUGGCAAAAUCCAUGACUGCUUCACUGCGAAUCCCCCAUUUCGGCUAUUGUGAUGAAAUCGACAUGACGUCGAUGGCUGCAUUAAGACAUUCUUUAAAAGAGAGUCCCAUGGUUAAGGAGCGUGGCAUCAAAUUGUCUUUUAUGCCAUUUUUCAUCAAAGCUGCUUCUAUGGCUUUGCAUCAUUUCCCAGUUCUCAAUUCUUCAGUUGAUGAAGCCUGUGAAAACAUUACUUACAAAGCCUCUCAUAAUAUCGGAUUUGCCAUGGACACCAGUCUUGGAUUGAUCGUGCCAAAUGUUAAAAAUGUCCAGUCAUUAUCUGUUAUGGAUGUUGCCAUUGAACUAGCCAGGCUCCAGGAAUUAGGAAAUAAAGGCAGUUUAGGCGCUACCGAUUUAACCGGUGGUACCUUUACCUUAUCCAACAUCGGAUCGAUCGGUGGAACUUACGCGAAGCCAGUGAUUAUGUCACCUGAGGUUGCCAUCGGAGCAAUUGGCCGUGUCCAGGUACUUCCGCGUUUUAAUAGCAAAGGCGAAGUAGUGAGAGCAUCCAUCAUGCAAGUUAGUUGGUCAGCAGAUCAUCGCGUGAUUGAUGGAGCCUCAAUGGCCCGAUUUUCGAAUUUGUGGAAAGCCUACCUAGAAAAUCCCAGCACCAUGAUCUUGGAUUUGAAGUGAACCAGACCCAGAUAAUAAUACUAUGCCUAAUAAUCUGUCUCCUCCCAGUUAAAAGGCGUGUAUCUAAUAAAGAGGAUCUAUAGUGUAACGGUCGCAAAAAUGAAAAUCUCAACAGCCUGAGACACCAGUCAUCAAUGUACGAAAUAAAGGUAAAUCUCGAUAUAA